CUCCUCAUUCCCCCAUACACUCCUGAGCAUAACGACCUUUCUGAGCGUAAACAUCGUCAUAUUGUCGAGAUUGGUAUUAGUUUGCUCCAUCAAGCUAAUCUUCCGUUGUCUAACUGAUCAUAUACUGUUUACUAACAUCAUGUGUUGAUUUUAAUACGUGUGGGAGACUCCAAAUACCUAAUCGGGCGAUACUAUUACUGAUCUUGAACCUGAAUGUCUCACUUUUGAAUUAAUUUGGUGUUUUAACUAGGGCUGUUAGCGGUGCGGUUUCGGUUAUAACCGAACCGCAACCGCGGUUAAUUGCAGCUGACGAGUACCCAAAAACAGCAACCGCCACCGAGACCGAUCGACUUAUCGGUUAGCCGAAAACCGCCGUCGACGGUUUUGGGUCGGUGUCGCGGUUAACUGAAGACCGACAGAAGGGAUGGGUUGACGGGAUGACGACGAUUUCAGCUUCAGGGACGGCGGUGAGGAUGGAACAGGGCGAUGCAGGGGACGAUGACGGCGACCAGGAUCGAUCUGCUGCGACUGCCGGCGACAGAGGAUCGAUCAAAUCGACCUGCUGCUACUGCCGCCUGGCCUUCGAUCUGGAGGAUGAAGAAGGACGGGAUGGCGACGACGACCGGCGAUCGAUCUUCACCACUGCAGCUACCCCUUCUCCUUCUUGGCCUUCGUUCGCUAGAUUUCGAUGGCGGACGGAGGGGUUGAGACUUGGAAUCGGAGGGGGAUUAGGGAAAAAAGAGCGGCGGGACGGUUACUCGGUGCACCGAGUUUAUCUCGGUUUCUCCACCUGCGGUUUUCGGUGAAUAGAAAUCACCAAAACAGCACACCGACACCGCCAUCGAAGGCAAGCUAUCGGUUUUCGGUUUGGUUAAUAACCAUUCGGUUCGGGUCGGUUUUCGGUUUAUGCAAGAAACCACCAACCGAUUAUCACCCCUAGUUUUAACCUCUUCAAAUCAUGUUAAACUAACACUAACACGAGGAAGAUGAUGAGUAGAGGACUAGCCUUCACAACAACAAAAGCAAAACACCACCGCAUGAUUUGUUUUACCUUGAUCAACGAGUUACCAUUCUUUCCUUUUUUCGUUAUAACUUAAAACGAUUCUUAAACAAGACAUACAUACUCUUCUUUUUUUUUUUUUCUCAAAGAAAAUCACUUGUAUUAACGAGAAAAUAAUUAGAUACAAAGAAUCACAUAGCUGAAAAACAUCAAAGAAACAAAAUUGAACCCCACUAAGGAGAGUACGAAGAAAGCACUUUUAAUUUCUUACCACCAAAUAGACAACCCUAUACUAGUUCGACCAACCCAAUCAAAAUUUGACAGCAGACUACAGAUUUUUUUGUUUUCUUUUGCUAAAUGUAUGGAACCUAAAACGGCUAUUUUCUUAUCAGGAGAAUUGUUUUCCAAUGAUAAGAAUGGGUUUAGUUAGUGGGAUUUGAGGGGGCCAUUUGCUUUGAGCUACCACCAGUCCCAUCAUCUUCUUAAUCUUUCUCCUUAAUCGCUUUCUUUUCAGUUCUCUUUAUCGCAACUUUUCCCUAAUAUGCUCCCUGUCUCUCUUUUCUUCUCUAUUGUAGUUAUCUUCUUUGACUAAUAAUCAUAUUUUUUCAGGGUAAAAUACCUUGAGUACCACUUAAGUUUGAGAAUUGGGGUAAACAUAUCACUUAAGUUUGGGGUGAGUUGCAAACUUGGCCACCCAUAUUACUUAUUUAUAACACUUUAACCACCCGAAUAAAAAACCAUUCAAGUUAGUCACCAAUACUAUACGUUUAUGUCAUAUUUGGUCACUUACCAUCUAGUUCCGUUAAGUGAGUCCUACGUGGUGGUCAAAAAUUAUCUUUGACUAUUAAAGUGGUGACGUGACAACCACAUAGGCGCCACAUCAUUUGACACAUCAAUUUUUUUUUUAUCAAAGUACAAUUAAAAUUAAAAUGAAAAUCUUAAAAUGAAAAAUCUAAAAGAAAUCUCCCCUUCUCAGUCCUCACUUCUCCCCAAGCUCUUCACCACUCUCCUCUUCUCCUCCCACAACCGCCGACCAGAAAAUGGUGACUUCUCCUCCCACCAGCUUCGCCGCCUUUCACAUUGCAACUUCGCAAGACCACCAUUCAUCAACCAUCCGGAGUUCUAACCAUUGAUUCGCCCCCAGCCGACCAUCGAUUCACCGCCGCCUGAACUGGGUUGUGGCUGGGUCGCCCAAAUUGACGCUGAACGGGAUGGGAAGCAUGUCGGUUUCAAGCAACGGGAGCCCCAGUGGAGCUUCGUUGCCUAUACCUAUCGCUGAUUCGUCCCCGUUUGGUGCCAAAAACGACACAUGGUAUCUGAUUUACGUUGCCAGCGGCAGAAAAAGGCAGAGAAAGGGUCAUCGCUGAAACAAUGACGACAUCGCUCUGGCGCUUCUGUAUCUAGAAGGACUAUCCUUAUUCAUCAUCAAAUUCCUCUCCCCCGCCGCAGAUUACUACUACUUCAAUUUGGAAUCUCCGAGUUGGAAUUAUUUUUGGACAUGGGCAAGAACGAAAUAGAGCGGCGCCGAUGAGGAAUCGAGAGAGCGAACAUGAGGAGGAAUCUUUGAACUUCCCAACCAAGGGGUCGUACUGGACAUAUGAAUGAACGUCGGCGCUUCAAUUCAUCUCCGGAAGUGCACGACAAGCAAAGUCCGAUCGGGUAAGAGGGGGCGAAGCUCGGUGGCCGAGCUCUGGCUAACUAUGGUGGGGUAGAUCUAGGGUUUUUGUGGCAGAUGCCUGUGAGAGGAAGAGUGAGAAAGGGAUGAGACCGACGGUGGAGAGAUAGAGGGAUUUUGGUUCUUUCUUGUUGGUUUUCAGUUAUUUUUACAUUUUUUAUUGUGAGAUGGAAUAAAAAAUAAUUAUUUUUAUUAAUUGACACAUAAGCUUUUUAACGGUCAAACAUUAUAGUUGACUGUCACGUAGGAUAUACUUAACAGAACUAGACGGCGAGUGACCAAAUAUGACAUAAACGGAUAAUAUUAGUGGCUAAAUUGAAUAGUUUUUUAUUCGGGUGGCUAGAGUGUUAUAAAUGAGCAAUAUGGGU